AUGUUGUCCGCCCUCGCGACGGCGCUUCUCUUCUCAACGGCGGUAGCACAAUGGGAUAUGGCAUCUCGUUCACGAUGCUGGACCUCGGGAAACGGACGACCAGCACAAUGGUGGAAUGAUGGAGAGAGAGUUGAUAGAGGCAAAUAUUGGUACACAUGUAAACGGGGAGAGCUGUGGCCUGAGGGAUGCUUCACCAAUGACAAUAAACGAAUCAAUCUAUGGGGAACUUUUAUCGAGAAUGGCUACGAGAUCACUUGCUCGAUUGACGAUCAGAACUACUUGGUGUUCAAGACGAGCGCCUGUUUGGAUGUGGACGGGCGACGGUAUCGACUAUACGAGCAAUGGACCGAUCCAUCGGGCACCUACUACUGGGAGUGCAAGCCAGACGGUCCUUACCUGAAAGCCGAGGUGAUCGGCUGUAUGACCCACGAUCAUUCACGACGAAUCGCUCUUGGCGAGAGCUAUGAUGAAGGAGAUUACAGAUACGAGUGUCAGCGCAAGUUCAACGGCAGUGUCUCUAUGUGUAGCAUCGGUUGUGUGCACCGGGGUCAACACUUUAAAGUCGGCGAGCAAUUUGUGGAUGGCGAAUACGUGUACUACUGCAAAUCGAACAAAGGCCGCUGCCAGAAAGUUUGCGUUGGCUGUUUGUGGAAAGAGAAAAGACUUUAUGACGGCGAUCGGUACAGAGAAAAUGGAACUGUCUUCCAGUGUGAGAUCCGUCCCGAUUCGUUCGGCCGCAAAGCAGUCGGUUGUCACGUUCCCGACUCGGAUGGAUCGAUGAUGGAUCGAGUGAUUGGAUGUAGAUGGUAUCUGAAGACGAAAGACUCAAAGAUUGAGCAGACUUGCGUGAUGGAUGGCGAGAAUAAGACUAGAGUCAAGACCGAGUCGUGCAUCUUUGUUUACAAGGGUUACGAUACUCUCCAGCUGGAGCCAGGCACGUACACAAUUUGGAAUCCACCACUCCGAGCCUCCGCCAUCGCUCUCACUUGUCGGGAAACUGCAACUGGAGCCGAAUUGGAAUCGUACAGGAUGGACGAGAUCUACUCGCACAUUCAAGGGCUUCGAUACGAUUCACCCAAGGGA